AUGUUCACUGAUAUUACAAGCAAAGCCAGAGAGACCCAGCAAUUGACACCAGUAGUGGUGCAAUGCUUUAAAAAUACUGAUACGAAACCAAGGUCCACGCCGGAACUGGACAACAGCUAUUACGACUCAGACGAAGAAGAGGAUUUGAUUGUAGAUUUGACGACAGGUUCGUUGAAACCUAUCAAGCUAAAGAGCUAUUUAAUAAUGAAUGAGGUAAUAAACGGGCUCGAAAGUCUAUGA